AUGUCGCUCUUCGGCCAGUCAACCGCCGGCGCCAGUUCCUCGCCAUUUGGACAGCCGGCGCAGAACCAGCAGCAGUCCCAAGGCGGCGGAGGCCUUUUCGGCGCCGCGCAACAAAAUAAGCCUGCUACUGGCGGCCUGUUUGGCGGAAGCCAACAACAGAGCGGCACGACGGGCGGCGGGCUCUUUGGGCAGUCGACACAGCAGAGCACGACUCCUACAACCGGAGGAGGCCUUUUCGGUGCUGCGCAACAGAAUAAACCCGCUACUGGCGGUCUCUUUGGAGGCGGCCAGCAGCAGACUGGGACUACGGGCGGUGGAUUGUUUGGACAGUCGACACAGAACCAGACUCCUGGUGCAACUGGAGGCGGUAUGUUCGGCGGGCAGCCUCAAGCGCAGCAACAACAGAAACCAUCCUUGUUCGGAGGAGCGACUGGUUCAUCUGUAUUUGGCGGAGCUGCUACAACACCACAACCAGGCGCCCUGAGCGGAACUACCUUGGGAGGAGGUUCGAGUCGGCCAUCGAUGUUUGGAUCGACCACGACCGCGAGCAUCCAGCAGCAACCUCAACAAAAUGCUGGCUUACUAGGCGGCAGCCUUUGGGGUGCUUCAACGCAAACAGCUCAACCUCAGAAUGCCCAAUCCCAGCAACCUGCUGGUGCUUACUUCGACAGCCUGUACGCCAAAACGCAGAAAGAAGGCGGCGCCAAGACUAAUAUGGAAGAUCUCCCUAGCCUGGAGCUCGGCCUUGGGGAUUUGCGCCACCGCCUGAGAAAACUGCAAUCCAAGCAAAAUGAGAAACCUCUGGAUGGCAAGGCUCACUACCUGCUCGCUGCCUCGGGUGUCGAUCCCGGUGCUGCGGCCAAGGACCUUGGCAUGUUGGAUGUCCAAGGCGGACGAGUUGAGCGGGCACACGGCUACACCCCUAGUGAGAUCGAUGUCGAGACCUACCUGUCGAAUUUGCAAACGAAGACGACACUAGACAUGAUUUCUGAUGGCUUGGAUCGAUCUAUCCGCGAUUUCGACACCUUCCUCGAGGACAAUGUGGCGAUGGAAUGGGACGCUCAGCGCAAACGUAUUUACCAGCAUUUUGGCAUCAAGCCGCGGGAGGAUUCGGCGGCCGCUGCUCGAGAAUCUCAGGGCGGAUUCGGCCGGUCUAGAAGAAAGUCGCAAGCAGCUCCUGCUCGAACUGGCCGAAAUAGUGUGCUGGGCAACACUAUGCUCCAGCGUUCUGUCAUUGGCACGCCCAGCCGCAUUGGGACUCACCAGCCAGAAUUUUCCGACGUGGACCGCUCUGCUGAUGGGUCGGGAUCUCUCAAAUCUCGAGGCACCACCGAGGACCGGGCGCUUCGUGAGAGACAGACCAAGUUGGCAGAAAAGGUUCGUGGUCUCAAUGCUGCUCGCGUUAGGCAGCAUCCUUUCCCCAUCCUUACCGAACUGGGCGAGUUGGAACAAAAAUCACACGAGCCGCACGCACCGCACGUUGUUGAGGCUUACCGUGCGAUGAUUGAGAUUGUCGGCGAAGAUCCCACUGCUGAAACGACAAUCAACGGUGCAACGGCCAAGGAGCGCCAGUUUGCCGGCAUGUAUCUCGACGAGAAUCCCAACUCUGCGGCAUCCGUCACCAUGAGAAAACGAACUCUCCAUGGCUCUACUGCCUUCCUCGAACGGCAGUUCCUGAGAGAGGUCGAGUCUCUGAUUGCCAAGCAUCCCCAUGAGGCGAAACUUGGAGGUCUGCCGGACAUUACCAGCAAGAUCAAGGCUUACAUCCGUCUCCGCUCUGCCAGGAAGGAUUUGGUUCCCGACAACACGGAGCUGCAGCAAAUCCAAGGGGAGUUUGUUUGGGCCGUGGUGUUCUACCUCCUGCGAUCCGGCCAUGUGACGGAAGCUGCUCAAUAUGUAAACGACAACAGCAACCACUUUAGAGGGAUUGAUCGCACGUUCGCCACAUAUCUCAACAAUUACGCAGCCAGCGAUGACCGGCGGAUAACAAACAGGAAGUUGUUAGACCGCUGCACCAACGAGUACAUUCAGCGGUCACGGAAUGCUCCGGAGAACUCCAUUGAUCCAUUCCGUAUGGCGUGCUACAAGGUCAUUGGGCGAAUUGAGUUGAGUAACCGCAAUUUGGACGGUCUCAACACGGACAUCAACGACUGGAUCUGGCUGCAGUUCAACCUUGCUCGAGAAGGGGACAAGACUAUCGAGAUGGCCGGCGAGUCGUAUGGGUUGGCAGAGCUUCAAUCCAGUAUUAAGGAGAUUGGGCUCAAGCACUUUCCCAAAUCGACCUCGGAAGAUACUACGAACGGUAGCUUCGGCAUGUUCUUCUACCUGCAGAUUCUGUCUGGCAUGUUUGAGGACGCCAUAGCCUACCUAUACCCGUUCUCAUACGUGGACGCUGUCCACUUUGCCCUGGCGCUUGCGUACUACGGUCUGCUGCGCCCAAGCGAUCCCAUGUCCACGUCAAACGACCUACGAAGCUACAGUGUCAAGAAUCUGCCGCAAAUCAACUUUGGCCGUAUGAUUGGAUACUACACAAGAGACUUCCGCGCUGCCGAUGUCGUCUCUGCUGUGGACUACCUUACCCUCAUCUGCCUCAAUGACGAUCUCGGCGGCGAGGCUGGCCAGCGCCAGAGCAACCUUUGCCACGAGGCGCUGCGUGAGUUGGUGCUGGAGACACGCGAAUUCAGCAAGCUCAUUGGCGAUAUUCGACCAGACGGCCACGCUAUCCGUGGCAUCAUUGAGGAGCGUGGCCCGUUGAUUGGCCUCACUGAGGAGACAGACUUUGUCAACACAGUGACGCUGCAAGCGGCUAGCUUUGCGGACGAGAGUGGCCGAACGACUGACUCUGUUCUCCUGUACCACUUGGCCGGCGAGUACGAUACCGUCGUGGCUAUUGUCAGCCGCGCGCUUAGUGAGGCUAUUUCUCUGGAGAUUGGUGAAGACCCGAUGCGUCUGAUGCCCGUCAAGCCCAGAGCCGCUGGGGCGGACGCAGAGUCCCAGCAAGGUAGCAGUCUCAGUCUAGCAUCCAUUGACGACCCCGUCGAGCUGGCCAAGACUAUGAUGACCAUGUACGAGCGGGAGGUCAUGUUUUACCGCAAGAUCCAAGACCAAAAUAAGACGGCGUGCCGGGUUCUCUUGGAAAUGAGCAGUAUCAAGAAGCUGGUUGAGGCUGGUCAAUGGGCUCAAGGUCUGGAUAAAAUCCGAGGUCUUGAAAUCCUACCCCUGGAUGCUGCCGGCGAAGCAAGCACCAUUCGCGCCUACGCAUCCAAGUUUUCUGGCUUAUCGCAGCCUGUCUCCAUCAACGUUCCAAACCUGCUCAUGUGGACGAUUAUAUGCUGCGUUCGACAGAGGGAGCAGCUCACCAAUGGACAGUUUAGUGGCAAUGAAGGCACAAGGAAGAUGAUGGUUGAGCAGUUGAAGCAGAUGACUUUGGAUUUGACGACGUAUACUAGUCAGUUGCGGUAUAGAUUCCCGCCGCAUUUGCACGAGGCGCUGGCGAGGGCGUCGGCGGAGUGA